AUGUAUAUCAAGCAAAUCAUCAUCCAGGGCUUCAAAAGCUACAAGGACCAGACUGUCAUUGAGCCCUUUUCCGCCAAGACAAAUGUCAUCGUCGGGCGCAAUGGAUCCGGCAAGAGCAACUUCUUCGCCGCCAUGCGCUUCGUCCUCAGCGAUGCGUACACGCAAAUGAGCCGUGAAGAGCGUCAGGGCCUCCUCCACGAAGGCUCGGGCUCUGCCGUCAUGUCGGCGUACGUCGAGAUCAUCUUCGACAACAGCGACGAUCGCUUUCCGACGGGUAACAAGGAAGUUGUGCUGCGACGCACCAUUGGCCUGAAGAAGGACGAGUACUCGGUAGACCGCAAGGUCGUCACCAAGACCGACGUCAUGAAUCUGCUGGAAGCGGCUGGCUUCUCUCGGUCGAACCCUUACUAUAUCGUCCCACAAGGCCGCGUCACAGCCCUGACCAACAUGAAGGAGUCGGACCGCCUCAACCUGUUGAAGGAAGUCGCAGGUACGCAGGUAUACGAAGCUCGCCGGGCCGAGUCGCUCAAGAUCAUGAAUGAGACCAACAACAAGCGAGAGAAAAUCGACGAGUUGCUCGAAUACAUCAAAGAGCGUCUGACGGAACUGGAAGAGGAAAAGGAGGAGCUGCGUGGUUUCCAGGACAAGGACAGGGAACGGAGGUGUCUGGAAUACGCCUACCACCACCGCGAGCAAAUGACCAUUCAGUCCACGCUCGAGGACAUUGACAGUGCCAGGCAGGACGGACUCGACACGACGGACUCGAGCCGCUCGGAGUUUCUGGAAGGCGAGAAAGCCAUCUCCAAGAUAGAUAACGAGAUCCACAAGCUGCAACGAGAGAUCGAGCUCUUACAAAUCGACCGCCGACAGCACGAGGAAGACCGGCGCGACUCCGCCAAGGCACUCGCAAAGAUAGAGCUCAAGGUCAAGAAUCUGAAGGAGGGUCAGUCGGCCCACGAGCAGGCCCGAGAGCAGCACGCCGCCGAGCUGGAGUCCGUCAAGGAGGACAUUGCAGCAAAGGAGGCCGAGUUGACCAAGAUACUGCCUCAGUACAACAAGAAGAAGCAAGAGGAAGUUGAUGCUAGGAGACAGCUGGACACGGCGGAGGCGGCGAGGUCGCGCCUCUUUGCCAAGCAGAGCCGCGGGUCCCGCUUCAAGAACAAGUCUGAGCGUGACGCAUGGCUGAGGCAAGAGAUCAACGAGCUUGACCUGACAAUCAGCGCCCAGAAAGCCAACAAGUUGGAGGCAGACGAGGAGGUUGAGAAGGUCGAGGCGUCCAUACGGCUAGGCGAGCAGGAGGUCGCCGACUUGCGAUCACGCCUCGCCAACUGGAGCGGCGACAGGACGCAGCUAGCGGAGCAAGUGUCGCAGGCCAGGCACACGCUGGACAAGUUGAACGACGAGCGCAAGCUCAUCCGCCGUGAAGACGACAAGCUCAACUCCGUCAUCACGAAUGCCCGUCAAGAGAAAGAACAGGCCGAGAGAGAGAUGGCACAGGCUGUGGACGGCGCGACUGCCCGCGGCUUGGCGACCAUCCGACGCCUCAAACAGGAUCAGGAUAUUCCUGGCGCGUACGGCACUCUGGCUGAUCUGCUGGAAGUCAAUGAGGCGUAUAGGUUACCUGUCGAGCAGACGGCCGGCGCGAGCCUGUUCCACUACGUUGUCGACAAUGCGGACACGGCCACAUACCUCGCCGACACUCUUUACAGACAGCACGGCGGGAGAGUCACGUUCAUGCCGCUUGCCCAGCUGCGCCCGCGCCAAAUCAACCUGCCCCGCUCCAACGACGCGGUGCCCCUGAUCAGCAAAAUCAAGUACGAAUCCAAAUUCGAUCGUGCGUUCCAGCAAGUCUUCGGGAAGACGGUGGUCUGCCCCAACCUCGCCGUGGCUGCGCAGUAUGCGAGGAGCCAUGGCGUUGACGGCAUCACCGCGGAAGGCGACACCACCAACAAGCGCGGCGCGAUGACGGGUGGCUACAUCGACCCACGGAAAUCGCGCCUCGAAGCCGUGCAGGCGGCCAACAGAUGGCGAGAGGAGUUCGAGGGCUUGAUUGCGCAGUCACGCGACAUUCGAGGCCAGAUCGAACGCAAGGACCAGGAGAUCACCAGCGCCAUGUCGGACGUGCAGAAGCUGGAGCAGAGGUUGCGACAGGCAGAGGACGGGUUCGAGCCACUGAAGCACGAAUUGCGGACCAAAUCUGCCCACAUAGAGAACGAGCGGGCUCAUCUCGAUGCCGCCAUCAAGCGACGGGAUGCCGUCGAGAAGAACAUGAUUGGGUUCAUGGAGGAGGUGUCUGCCCAUGAAAGCGAAAUCGGCACGGACUUUAAGAAGAGUCUGACCUCGACAGAGGAGCGGCAGCUUGAGGAGCUGAGUGUCCAGGCGCAGCAGCUCCAGAAGCAAUGGAAUGAGUCGAGCAACGCUCGGAGGCAACUGGAAAGGACGAAGCAGCUGCUUGAAGUGGACCUGCGCCAGAAUCUCCAGAUGAAGCUGGACCAGCUGAACAGCCAAGCGUUCGAGAACUCAACAUCAGGAUCGUCGGCGGGCUCCAUGAAGGAGUCUCAACGAGAGCUCAAGAAGGCUCAGAAAGCCUUGCAGGCUGUCGAGACAAGCCUGGACGAGGUCGAGGGCAAGAUGGAGCAGCUUGUUGGACGCAUGGAGCAAAUAUCGUCAGAGAAGGCGCAGCGCGAGCAGGUCCAGAACGACAUCUCGACACGGAUAGAGAGGCAGCAGAAACGGAUGGAGAAGACGUUACAGCGAAAGGCGCUGCUGACAGCGCAGGCGGCCGAGUGCGCCAAAAACAUCCGAGAUCUGGGUGUGCUCCCUGAGGAGGCCUUCGACAAGUACGAGAACAUGGACGCCAAGGUGAUUACGUCCAAGCUCAAGAGGGUCAACGAGGCGUUGAAAAAAUACAAGCACGUCAACAAAAAGGCCUUUGAGCAAUACAACAACUUUACGACGCAGCAAGAUCACCUGAUGAAGCGUAGAAAGGAGCUGGACGCGUCACAGGAGUCGAUUGAGGAACUAGUGGAACACUUGGAUCGUCGGAAGGACGAGGCCAUUGAGCGAACGUUCAAGCAGGUGUCCAAGGAGUUCGCGACCAUUUUCGGAAAGCUCGUGCCGGCAGGCCACGGCCGCCUCGUGAUCCAGCGCAGGACGGACCGCCGCCAGGACCUUGACGAGUCGGACGAGGAAGCACGGGGCAGCGUCGAGAACUACAUUGGCGUUGGUAUCAGCGUGUCGUUCAACUCGAAGCAUCUUGAUGAGCAGCAGAGGAUCCAGCAGCUCAGUGGUGGGCAGAAGAGUUUGUGCGCUCUGUGCCUCAUUUUCGCCCUGCAGGCGACCGAGAGCAGCCCCAUGGUCAUCUUUGAUGAGGUCGACGCCAACCUUGACGCGCAGUACCGCACGGCCGUCGCGGGGUUGCUGGAAUCCAUCUCCAAUGAGAUCGGGACGCAGUUUAUCUGCACGACUUUCCGCCCCGAGAUUGUCCAUGUGGCAGACAAGUGCUACGGCGUGACGUUCCGGAACAAGACGAGUUCCAUCAACUGCGUCAGCACCGAGGACGCCCUCAACUUUGUCGAGGGACAGGCCAAGCCGGCUUGA